AUGUAUUUCAGUAAGCUACAGAGGAGAAAACAACAAGAACUGUACAGAUCUACCAUGGAACUGUCAGAGGUGAGGUGCUCCAGUGCCACCGAGGAACUUUACACCAUCAAUAAGACCCCCACCAUCAACAGCAACACAAGACCGAAAAGACUACUUUGGCAGACGGCGGUAAGGCACAUCACCGAGCAAAGGUUUAUAAAUGAACAGAGCAGUGCGAAAACCCUCUCCUCCGAUGACUCCUAUUCAACCAAUGCCAACAGGCAAUUUGGCAAGAUCUCCGGUGGGGAUAGACACAAUAAUGGAGGCACCAAAGUCUUUCCAGAAAGGACAAGUAGUGAUCUGGGCUUCCUUCACCUGGACUGCGCCCCUAGCAAUUCAGAUUUCUUCUUGAACUGGGGCUACACCUAUAGAGGGGUCAUAUUCCCGACCUUAAGGAAUUCUUUCAAGUCUAGAGACCUAGAAAGGCUUUACCAACGGUAUUUCCUUGGGCAACGACGCAAAUCAGAAGUGGUGAUGAACAUCUUGGAUGUGCUGACCAAACUCACCUUACUGAUCCUUCAUCUCACCUUGGCCUCUGCACCCAUGGACCCCAUCAAAGGCAUUUUGCUGGGCUUCUUCACUGGAAUUGAGGUGGUCAUUUGUGCCUUAGUAGUAGUCAGGAAGGACACAACCUCUUACACAUAUCUACAGUUGAGUGGGGUUGUGACAUGGUUAGCCAUGGCGACCCAAAUCCUGGCAGCUGGUUUAGGAUAUGGCCUUCUAGGGGACGGUAUUGGCUAUGUACUCUUUACACUUUUUGCUACCUACAGCAUGCUUCCAUUACCCCUUACCUGGGCUAUCUUGGCUGGAUUGAUAACUUCCCUUCUACAGAUCGUGAUGCAGUUGGUAAUCCCCAGACUUGCAGUGACUUCCAUAAAUCAGAUCGUGGCACAAGCUGUGUUGUUUAUGUGUAUGAACACUGCAGGAAUCUUCAUUAGCUACCUGUCAGAUCGGGCUCAGCGACAAGCGUUCCUGGAAACGAGAAGAUGCGUGGAAGCCAGGCUAAGACUUGAGACCGAGAACCAGAGACAGGAAAGGCUCGUCCUCUCCGUAUUACCUCGAUUUGUUGUACUUGAAAUGAUCAACGACAUGACCAAUGUAGUAGAUGAGCACCUGCAGCAUCAGUUUCACAAGAUUUAUAUCCAUCGCUAUGAAAAUGUCAGCAUUCUUUUUGCAGAUGUGAAGGGAUUUACCAACCUGUCCACCACCUUAUCAGCACAAGAACUGGUCCGAAUGUUAAAUGAACUCUUUGCGAGGUUUGAUCGCCUAGCACAUGAACAUCACUGCCUUAGAAUUAAGAUCCUGGGUGAUUGUUAUUAUUGUGUGUCUGGCCUUCCGGAGCCGCGUCAAGACCACGCUCAUUGCUGCGUUGAAAUGGGACUCAGCAUGAUCAAGACUAUUAGAUAUGUACGAUCACGAACAAAGCACGACAUUGAUAUGAGGAUCGGAAUCCACUCUGGUUCAGUCUUAUGUGGCGUGCUGGGACUUAGGAAAUGGCAAUUUGAUGUGUGGUCCUGGGAUGUGGAUAUUGCAAAUAAAUUGGAAUCAGGUGGAAUACCAGGGAGAAUUCAUAUAUCAAAAGCUUCUCUUGACUGCCUUAACGGGGAUUAUAAUGUUGAAGAAGGACACGGAAAGGAAAGAAAUGAAUUUUUGAGAAAACACAAUAUCGAGACCUACCUAAUAAAACAACCUGAGGAGAACCUCCUGACGCUCCCAGAAGAUAUAGUGAAAGAGUCGGUGAGUCCGACAGACAGGAGGAACAGCGGCGCAACUUUUACGGAGGGGUCUUGGAGCCCGGAACUUCCAUUCGAUAACAUUGUGGGCAAGCAGAACACUCUGGCUGCGCUAACAAGAAAUUCAAUAAAUCUGCUUCCAAACCAUCUUGCACAAGCUUUGCAUGUCCAGUCUGGUCCUGAGGAGAUUAACAAGCGAAUAGAACACACCAUCGACUUGCGGAGUGGAGAUAAGUUGAGAAGAGAGCAUAUCAAGCCUUUCUCACUGAUGUUUAAAGACUCCAGCCUGGAGCAUAAGUAUUCUCAAAUGAGGGACGAAGUGUUCAAAUCCAACCUGGUGUGCGCCUUCAUCGUCCUCAUCUUCAUCACCGCCAUCCAAAGCCUGCUUCCGUCAUCAAGGCUGAUGCCCAUGGUAAUUCAGUUCUCUAUACUGAUAAUGCUGCACUCUGCACUGGUCCUGAUAACGACAGCCGAGGAUUAUAAAUGUCUGCCCCUCGUGCUCCGGAAAACCUGCUGCUGGAUUAAUGAGACGUACUUGGCCAGGAACGUCAUCAUCUUUGCAUCCAUUUUGAUUAAUUUCCUUGGAGCCGUAAUCAAUAUUCUUUGGUGCGAUUUCGACAAAUCGAUUACGUCAAAAAAUCAGACCUUCAACUCUUCGGCCUCCAUCACAGACAUUUGUUUCUACCCCGAGUACUUUGUCUUCACCGGAGUUCUGGCCAUGGUGACCUGCGCUGUCUUUCUACGACUCAACUCUGUUCUGAAGCUGGCGGUGCUGCUCAUUAUGAUAGCAAUAUAUUCCCUGCUGACAGAAACCAUUUAUACGUCUCUCUUCUUACGAUAUGACAAUUCACAUCACAACGGGAACACAGACUUCCUGGGGACAAAAGAGGCCUCCCUGCUGCUAAUGGCCAUGUUCCUCUUAGCCGUCUUCUAUCAUGGACAGCAGCUGGAAUACACUGCAAGACUGGAUUUUUUGUGGCGGGUUCAAGCCAAAGAAGAAAUCAGUGAAAUGACGGAAUUGAGGGAACAUAAUGAAAACAUGCUGAGAAACAUUCUUCCGAGUCAUGUGGCUCGCCAUUUUUUGGAGAAAGACCGAGAUAAUGAGGAGCUGUAUUCUCAGUCUUAUGAUGCUGUGGGCGUCAUGUUUGCCUCAAUCCCUGGAUUUGCAGAUUUUUAUUCACAAACGGAAAUGAAUAACCAGGGUGUGGAGUGCCUCCGCUUGCUGAAUGAAAUUAUUGCAGAUUUUGAUGAGCUUUUAGAUGAAGAGAGAUUCCAAGACAUCGAAAAGAUCAAAACUAUUGGGAGUACGUACAUGGCCGUAUCGGGAUUGUCUCCGGAGAAGCAGCAAUGUGAAGACAAGUGGGGACACUUGUGUGCCGUGGCCGACUUUUCCAUUGCACUGAAUGAAAGCAUCCAGGAGAUCAACAAGCAUUCGUUCAACAACUUUGAGCUCCGCAUCGGUAUAAGUCAUGGGUCAGUUGUUGCCGGAGUCAUUGGGGCCAAGAAACCUCAAUAUGAUAUAUGGGGGAAAACCGUUAACCUGGCGAGCAGAAUGGACAGCACAGGAGUGAGCGGCAGGAUUCAAGUGCCUGAGGAGACCUACCAUGUCCUGAAGGAUCGCGGCUUUGCUUUUGAGUAUCGCGGAGAGAUUUACGUGAAAGGUAUUAGCGAGCAGGAAGGAAAGAUCAAAACCUAUUUUCUUCUAGGAAGAGUACAGCCAAAUCCAUUAAUAUCACAGCCAAAAAUAAUCACUGGACAAUAUUCCCUAGCAGCUGUCGUACUAGGACUCGUACAGUCCCUAAACCGACAAAAACAGAAGCAAAUCCUCAACGAAAACAACAACUCCGCCAUCAUGAAGGGACAUUACAACAGGCGGACAUUGCUAGCAUCCAGCGGAUCAGAGGUCGUCACGCAAACAGAAGGAGUCGACAAGCCUGAAUUGCCAUAA